AUGCCAUAUUCCCGUCUGCCUCCAACGCCUGCCAUGUCAGGUGAGCUCUCUGCCAAAGAACGCCCGUUCGCAGAGGGCAUGGAGUCUUCCUUCCAGCUCCCCCCAGCGGCUCUCAGUCCUUCCAAGAUUCAGAGUCCAAAGAGCUUCGCAGCUUCUAUACCCGCCUCCCCAACUUCCCCCAAUCUCCAUGCUCUGGGGCGUCCUUCCAAUUCCACAUCCAAAACCGGUAUUAAACGGCCCCUCGAAGAUCUUGGCCUGCCACCACCACCCACCCGCACACGCAGGAUCAUCCAGAUGAAGCCUAAAACACAGACUGAUACAAAGCCCGCUGCAACGACCAGCAAGGCCGCCAGGGAUGCUGCUGGUGGGAAGAGCUCCGGCAAUGGAGCAGGGCAGUCAAACUCGAAGAAGAAACAGCCUACCGCUAGCAGUGCAGCUGGCAAGAAGGUUGCUAGGAAGACUGCACAUAGCUUGAUAGAGCGGAGACGGAGGUCGAAGAUGAACGAGGAGUUUGCUACGUUGAAGAGUUUGAUCCCGGCCUGUCAGGGUCAGGAUAUGCACAAGCUCUUGAUUUUGCAGGCAAGCAUCGAAUACCUCAAUUAUCUGGAGCAGUGCAUCAAAGACCUCAAAACCGGGAAAAUCAAAAACACAUCCAUGCAGUCGGAUAUCCCGCCCGCUCCGCCAUCACCAACAUCUCCCGAUCUACUAGCUUCAUCGGCAGACGGCGCGCAAUCAUCAUCAGCGUCACCAGAGCUACUUCCAAGCGGCAGUAUCUCGCCUUCACUGUCUCCACGUACUCUGGACCCCUCGACAAAUUAUCAAUCCACUGAACUGGCACCAUCUGUGCUUCCUAGCCCGGCUCUGGUUCCCACUCAUUCUCCUAUCCAGUCGCUACAGCAUGUCUGGUCUGUCUCUUUCUCUCCGGGUGGACAGCAUCAGCAAAACUUUCCCGCAUACCACGACGCCGAAACUGAUGUGGACCGUCAGGCUUCUGCCGCGCUGCUUAUGCUGAAUCGAGAUUCCAGGGGUUCAGUAGCCUCAGUCAAUGAACUCGCACACACACACCCGGACUCGCGGAAUGGCGAGCACCCUGAUGACCAAAGCAUCCAUAAGAGGACGAGUAUGAGCGUGAGGGAUCUAUUGAAUUCGUAA